AUGGCGGCGCAGGGAGACUCGGAGCAGGUUCGCUACUGCGCGCGCUUCUCCUACCUGUGCCUCAAAUUCACGCUCGUCAUUUACUCCACGGUGUUUUGGUUGCUAGGAGCGUUUAUCUUAGCUGUAGGCAUUUAUGCAGAAGUUGAAAGACAGAAAUAUAAAACCCUUGAAAGUGCCUUCUUAGCUCCAGCGAUCAUCCUUAUUCUCUUGGGCAUCGUAAUGUUCCUUGUGUCCUUCCUGGGAGUAUUGGCUUCUCUGAGGGACAAUUUACACCUUCUUCAAGCUUUCAUGUACAUUUUGGGCUUUUGUUUGCUCAUUGAACUAAUUGGUGGAGUUAUGGCCUUAAUUUUCCAAAAUAAGACAAUUGAGUUUUUAAAUGAGAAUAUUGGAAGAGGAAUUCAGAAUUACUAUGAUGACUUGGACUUCAAAAACAUUAUGGAUUUUGUUCAAAAGGAGUUUAAGUGUUGUGGUGGUGAAGAUUUUAAAGAUUGGUCACAAAAUCAAUAUCAUGAUUGCUCUGCUCCAGGACCAUUAGCCUGUGGAGUCCCAUAUUCUUGUUGUGUUGCAAAUAAGACAACGGUCAUUAAUACCAUGUGUGGAUAUAAAACGAUUAAUGAAGAGCGCCUGAGUGUUCAACAUAUCAUAUAUAUCAGAGGAUGUACAAAUGCUGUAUUCAUUUGGUUUACGGACAAUUAUGCCAUCAUGGCUGGAAUUUUGCUCGGUAUAUUGCUUCCACAGUUUUUUGGAGUGCUGAUCACUUUGCUGUACAUCACCCGAGUAGAAGACAUAAUUGCUGAACACAAUGACACACUGCUUCAAGGAAGGAGGAGACAGAGGGAGGAGGAUGAGCCAGCUGGAGCUGGGUGCUGUAUGUGUUUUCCUGAGUAACACCAGAUUGCCCUUUGAACAAGUCUAACAGUUAAUAUUCCCUUGCACUGCCUUGAAUGUAAACUUGAAUGUACUGUGAUUUGUAAAUAAUAGAUGACAAACGUCCUGACACUUUCCAGACAUCAUUAAUAGAAUAUAUCUCAUCUCUAAGUGUUCCUUAUUACAGCGAGAUUUGUUCCUAUGUUGGAAUCUGUUUGUUUUGUGAUGUCCCAAAAGACCUAGCCAGUUUCCUGGAGAGAAACUUCAGGAGAGAAAUAAUAAUGGAGAGAGACAUUCAGGAGAGAAAUAAUAAUUUAUUCUAAAGGUAAUUAUUAUAUACAAACUGACUUUAUACUCAAUUGGUCUACCUAAGAGUAUAUACCUGUAUAGCAAGGUGAAGUUAUAUAUUUUUUAAUUACUACUAAAAUAUGGCAAGUCAACCGGUGCAGGAAAUGUUUCACAAAUCCACAUCUAUUGAUUUCCCGCCAUAAGAUGAUUCUGUGACAGAAGCAACCCACACUUCUUUUUUUAUGGAAGGAUAAUAUAUCUGACUCCCUAUGUAUUAUUAACUGGGUUAAUUCUUGCUUUUCUAAAAACUUGGGCUUGCUCCAGUGUUGUUUUUAAAAUGAAUAUAAUUUUCAAGCUCCUCAUUACAUAAUCACCACUGCAAAUCAUAAUAUUUAAAUUUUCUGGGAAUAAUCUAAUGUGAAGUCUUGUGUGGGAGCCUAGGUAAACACAUUUAACUUUCCAAUUGUUUCGCUGUUGAUUCUUAGCCAAUGAAGUAUUUUAAGGAACUGAUUUUCAUUCUUGUGCAAUCAACUUUUUAUGCUGCUUCUAACAGAUAACUGGGAAUUUUAGAGGCCUUUGCUGUGUCUUUUGUACGUUCCUGAUCUAAUCCACCAGUGUGUGAUCAGUUAACUAAAAGCUGCUUAUUUUGAUGCCAAUUUUUAAAUUUCUGAUUUUUAACUGUAUGGAGUUUUGUGUGAAUCAUAUAUUUGAUAUCCCUAAUUAAUGUAUUUUUCUUCUGUUUCUGAGCAGAAUUCAGGGGUGUACAGAUGUACCACUGAAAAAUUAUAUUGUUUACAUGAAAAAUA